GAUCUCAUCUUUAGCUGCAAUCUUUUCUUUAUUAAAAAAAAAAAAUGAGUGCUUUGCAAUUUGAAGAAAUUAGCAACGAAACUUCGAUCACCCAACAUAACGACAGAACAGAUAGCAAGUUGAGCAGAUUAUUGUUACGGCAGAAUAAAGCCAUAAUGAAAAUGGCUCGCAAUCGUGCUUGGCGUAUGGCUAUAAUGCGCCAAACACCGUUUGAAAAAGAGCUGCCCAAAGCUUGGAGAGAAAUACUAUCAAAACUGAGCGUAGAAUUAAGGAAACGAACACAGAAUGGUGAUCGCGCACAAAUAAAACUGGAGAGAGUACAAAAUAUCGACACAAGAUUUAAUAUUGGAGAAGCCGGGGAAUCCACGGUAAAAACAGAAUUAUCACCAGAAAUUAAGUUUAUACUACGCUUUCGACGAGAUAUAUCCGUGGAGCAAGCACUCAUUAAACAACGUCUUUUGAUUGAGCUUAAAGAACGCAGCGUUAAAAGAAAUGCAGGAAAUAAACAGAGUUACGAAUUGCCAAAGACAAAGACUGAGGAGAUUAAAUCCGUAUAUAGCAACAAUGAGAAUAUCAGUCAAAAUAUGAAGGCGGAGGAGGUCAAAACCGAAGCUAGCAACAAUAUCAGCGAAAAUUGUAAUAAUUCUAAAGAAAUUGAGAAGGACAUUAGUAAAGAGCAGCCCCGAUACCAACCACAUAUAUCUACAGAACAAGCACUCAUCAGAGAGAAACUCAUGGCGGAACUGAAGGAGCGUUCUGCGAAAAUGGAUGAGAAAAUUUAAAAUAAGACCAGUGAUUCCAUAAUAAAAACGUUGCUAAAUGAGGCAGUAUUGCUAUAUAUUGAGUAUCAUGCUCCCUCUUUUUAUUAAUUGUAUAAAAUGAGCAUUAUUACUAAAUAUUAAAAUAAAAUAAAUAUUGGUUUGAGUAUUAA